AUGUGUUUUGCCUAUUCAAAUUCUUCUUCUAAUGAUAAAGAAAUGAGGUAUUGGUUGACCCAAUGUGGACAUGUAAUAUGUAAUUCUUGUGUCAAUAAACACGGUAAUAAUAAUGUUAGCAGUGAUAAUAAACAAAAUGGAAUUUGCAAUGAAACCAAAGUCAAUAUAAAUUACGAAAUUUUAGGUGAAUAUGGUAAAUCUUCAAGAAGUAAUACGAUUAAUUGCUUAUUUUGCAAUAAAAAAUGUGCAAUUGUUGAAUGUAACGAUAAUCUUGAUCAUCAACUAUCAUCUUUUUUCCAACCGUUUCAUGAGAUGCUGGAUGGAAUUUCUGAUGUCUAUAGGUUUCAACAAACCAAUACCAAGUCCCUCAUCAAUCAUUUGAAAGAUAAAGUGACUCAACAAGAAAAUAUGCUUUAUAAAGUAAAUAAUGAUUACAGGGAAUUGAAAAGUCAAUUGAUUAGUCUUACAAAUGAGAAUAAUCGAUUGAAAGAACAAUUAAAGGCGUUUCAACGUGAAAAUACUUUCAUGAAUAAUCCAAACGCCAGUUCACUAGCAAUACAGAAAAUUGAAAAUCGUAACAACGAUUACAACAAUACAAUCAAGAAUAUAAAUUAUCAAAUGUCAUCGGAUCCGACAUGUCCAACUUUAAUAACACCAAAUCCACGUCCUAUUGUUAAUAACAAUGAAGAUAAUGAUCUCAUAAAUGAAUUAUUAGGUCAUUCAAGGUAUGAAAUCAAUUAUUAUUGA